UAGCUUUGGCAAGUUGAGCGAAGUGUGUCACUCUGUUAUAGACUGUAUUUUCUCGCAACGUGGAAGGAUUCAAAUCACAACCUUGUGUAGGGAAACCGUCCGGUCGGAAGUGCCGAGGAAUUAAGCUGAAUGCUAGACGGAGCCAGACAUUUGAAAGAACACCGCUGAGCUCUGUGGAAGAGCUUGUAUGUCAGCAGAAUAAACAUGCUGGGCCUUUGGCUUUUGCCGGCUCUGCUUAUGGGAAUGAAAUCCGCAGCACCAACCCUUGACUCUCAGCAAGAAGGGGAAAUCAAAACCGAGCAAGGGAGAGGAGACAACAUUAUAGAACACAGACCUUACGCAGACACUACAGCUGCACAAGAAAGCUUCUCUGGUUUUACCAAUCACGGUCCCUUUGAUCAAUUUGUGUACCACAAGCCUCCGUCAGAUUUAAGAAAAAAUUGUAGUGUGGAAGGCACAAGGGCGUAUUGCUCUCAUUUGCACCUGGAAGAAGUACCUCAGAACCUAGACCCCAACAUCACACUUCUGACUCUGGCGUACAACAACCUAUCAGCUGAAUCCCUGCAUCCGGGUGUCUUCUCAAGAUAUUCAAAGCUACGAUUUCUUUAUCUAGACUAUAACUACAUAACAACAUUGCCAGACGGAAUUUUUGAUGGUCUCACACAACUAGAAUAUCUCAGUUUGUUCCAUAACCAAAUUCAAAUGAAUGACGCUCUAAGGACAUCUACUGUGUUUUCACCUCUGAACAGCUCGUUGUUUACUCUGAUUCUUAGUCAAAACAACAAUGCUUCUGACCCUUCUUUGCGCUACCCGGAUCAGGCGUUGUCAAAUCUGACAAAUCUAACAGUUCUGUAUAUGGAUGGGCUACGCUAUGACUUUCAGCUUGGACAAGGCUUUCAAAAUCUAACAAACCUAAGAAACUUAACAAUGACAGGUUAUCUAGACGGUAACUGUGAGAUAAACACUUUGGAAAACAACACGUUCGAGUAUGUAAGAAGCCUGCAUUUUCUCAAUUUAUCGGAUUGCACUUUGUCUCCUGAUAGAGUUCACGAGGAAACCUUUUCUUUCCUUACAGAACUCCGAGGACUUGACAUCUCCAACAACUUUGGAUUAGGGAUCGAUACCGUUGGCAGGUUCAUGAAAGGUUUAAAAGACAACAAGAACUUCCGAUAUCUGUUUAUGCAGCGAAUUACCACCCGUUUUGCUUCUUGCAUCGUGGUGUAUAGAGAAACAUUGCAAUACUUCGCCAAUACAAGUCUAGAGGUGAUCUUUGCCCCGAACAACGAGAUUGAGAUGAUCGAAAUUGGGGCCCUCGAACACUUACCUCCAACACUACGUUUUGUAAACUUCACCAACAACAAGAACAGCUUUGGAGCUUACUGGAAGGAUAUGGCGUCCCUGACAGGUUUGGAAGAGCUGUACAUUGAUAACCAUCAGCUUGCAUACUACUUUCCAGGAAACUUCCCACCGUCAGAUCUUCAUUGUGGGAGGGGCAACUCCACGGCUAGAAACCAUUCUCCAAAAAGUACCAAGUGUCUCUGUGGGGAGCCACCCCCGUGUAUGGACCUGAACGCCACAGAUGGGAUCAUUCUCCCUCUUCCACCUAACCUGAAAGUAUUUUCCUCUCGAAGUAACUCGGUUGCCUACAGGUUGAAGAAGAUCAAUUUCUGUCCAAAUAACUCCCUGGAAAUUGUUGAUUUUAGCUCCAAUAUGUUUCAGCGACUAGAAGGAACAAUAACUGGACUGGAACAUUUGAAAAGCCUGGCUCUGACCGAUAGCUUCAUCCAAUUCAUAAGUGAUUCCUUUUUUGAUUCUUUUAAAGCACUUAAAAGUUUGAACCUGUUUCAAAAUCUUCUUGGCGAUCGAUUAGCCUUUGACACUAACGGAAACAUCUUCGACAGCCUCGAACAACUCACAUACUUAAACAUAUCUUUCAACAAUAUAUUCAGACUGCACAAAGACACGUUUAGAGGAAAUAGCAAACUACAAGUUUUAGAUAUUUCAACAAAUCGUUUGAGAUUCGUUAAUUUCUCUAUCGCACACAUGGAAGACUUGAAAUUUCUCGACUUACAUAAAAACAACCUUUACAGUCUUCCUCUGCCGGCUCGAAAACACAUCAGCCUACUUCUACGACAAAACAAGACAGUGAGAGUGAGCAUGGCAAGCAACCCCAUCAUGUGUAACUGUGACAACUUGGAUUUCUUGGAGUGGGUCGUAGAGACAAAAAUUUUCGGGGCCAAUUUCUCAGAACUUUUUUAUUAUUGUUCAUUUCCUGGAGUUGACAUCUCCAAACGCAUGGAGAGUGGUUAUGAGGACAUUGUGCAGACUCUGAGAAGGCAAUGCGCGAAUCACGUCGUUAUCUUCUUGGCCGUGAGUGUUGCUUGUCUCGUUGUUGUCAUAGUGAUCAUCAUUGCUCUCAUACACCGCUUUAGAUGGACGCUGCGCUACUGGUACCAUGCUGCUAGGUCCAGAAUAGACGCCGGGCGCUCUACCUCUUCCG